GACGAGCGGCUAGUCUUAUGUGCGAGCUACUGAUAGCAGCCGCUCCUCUCGGUGGAGCAGCAGCAGUAGCGCUUCUGACAAGCAAAGUGAUCGAGAGGUGAGCUCCGGCGAACGAAUAGGUGGUGUAGAUCCCGUGGCCGUCCGGGCCCCGUCUCGAGUGACCGUGUAUCCCGGGCAAAAUCUUCAGCUGAAGGGACCUACGUCAGCCCGUGGCCGUUCGUGCUAACGGGCCUCCUCUGUGCAACGUUCGUCUAGCAUCCGAGACAUGACGUCCAGUUGCUUCUCCCCUCCGCCUCUUCGACCACCGAUCGACCUCAACGAUCAGUCCGACACAGUCAAGGGUACCGACCUGAUCAGAGUGUCGAGGUUUUAUAAGGACAGCAAGGAGGGGAAGUUCGUGAGCUUCGUGCAUGAGGACACGAGGACCCUGUACGACGGCUUCCGCAAAGGCGCCAAGGAGUCCAACAACGGCCCCUGUCUUGGCUGGCGGGAUGGACCAAACAAACCAUACCAGUGGCUACAUUACAACGAGACCCUGCUCAGGGCGAAGAAUUUCGGCUCUGGCCUAGUGUCUCUGGGGCUGGUGCCAGGAUCAAAUACACUCGUGGGUCUGUACAGUCAAAAUUGCCCGGAAUGGAUCCUCACCGAACAGGCUUGCUAUACGUACUCCUUGGCUGUUGUGCCCUUAUACGACACACUGGGCCCUGAUGCCUGUGCCUUUAUCAUUAACCAGGCUGAGAUCAGCCUGGUUGUCUGUGAAAAUGACAAGAAGUGCAACUUGCUGCUCGAUAAAGCACCAAGAUGCCUGAGAAAAAUGGUGAUAAUAAAAGAGACGAGGCCAACGACGAACCAGAGGGCGAAGAACCGUGGCGUCGAGCUGUUCAAGUUCGAGGACGUGGAACGGAUAGGCGCCCAGAAGAACUACCCGGAAGUGCCGCCCAAGUUGACCGACCUAUGCACGAUAUGCUACACGUCGGGUACCACGGGGAACCCCAAGGGCGUGAUGCUGACGCACCACAACGUGAUGGCCGGAGUGAGCGCGGUCCUGAUGCAGUUAGGCGAGCACAGGCCCUCGUACAAGGACACGAUGAUCAGCUUCUUGCCUCUGGCACACAUGUUGGAACGUUGCUGCGAGAAUGGCAUGUACAUGGUGGGCGGGUCCGUGGGCUUUUACAGCGGUGACAUCAAAAUGUUGCCCGAGGAUAUGAAAGCCUUGAGGCCUACUGUGAUGCCAGCGGUUCCCAGGCUGUUGAAUCGGAUGUACGACAAGGUCCAAACGGAACUUGGUAGCUCGUGCAUGAAGAAGAUGGUGUUCAGCUUGGGCAUGCGGGCGAAGGAGGCGGAGCUGAAGAAAGGAAUCAUCAGGAACAACAGCGUGUGGGACAAGCUGGCCUUCGGGAAGAUCAAGGAGUCGACGGGAGGGAGGCUGAGGCUGAUGCUCGUUGGCUCUGCACCGUUGGCAGGAAACGUGCUCACCUUCACCAGAUGCGCCCUCGGCUGCUUGGUCGUCGAGGGGUACGGACAGACCGAGUGUGGUGCACCGAUCACUCUCACUGUUCAGGGUGAUCCUGUACCGGAACACGUAGGGCCACCUGUCCCCUGUUGCUGCAUUAAGUUGGUGGACGUUCCGGAAAUGGAAUAUUAUGCCAAGAAGAACCAAGGUGAAGUGUGCGUCAAAGGCACUAAUGUGUUCGUGGGAUACUUCAAGGAUCCCGAAAGAACUGCACAAGUUAUCGACGAAUUCGGUUGGCAUCAUACCGGUGACGUUGGCAUGUGGUUACCUAAUGGGACGCUUAAAAUAAUCGAUCGAAGGAAACACACCUUCAAACUUUCGCAAGGAGAAUAUAUAGUACCAGAGAAAAUCGAGAAUAUUUAUUUACGCAGUCAAUAUGUUCAUCAAGUAUUCCUCCACGGUGAAUCCCUCAAGUCUUGCGUCGUAGGAAUAGUAAUACCAGAUGUAGACGUUGUAAAAUGUUGGGCAGUGGAGAACGGUGUACCAGGAACGCUAAGCGUAUUAUGUGCUAAUCCGCAAGUCAAACAAUUAAUCAUGGACGACAUGCUUUCGUGGGGGAAAGAAGCUGGUCUCAAAUCUUUUGAACAGGUGAAAGAUAUUUAUCUACAUCCGGAUCCGUUCUCCGUGCAAAAUGGCCUCCUCACACCAACAUUAAAAAUGAAACGACCUCAGUUGAAAGAGUAUUUCAAGCCACAGAUAGAAGAUCUUUAUCGACAUUUGGCCUGAUCAGACUGAACAUCAACUAUGAUUCUGUUUUCAUUAGCAUCAGGAACAACAACGCGAAGAAGGAUCAGGACGCAUUUGCGUCGCAUUCACAAAGAAAUCACUUCCACCAUCGAAUAUCCGUUAUCCCGCGAUACUUUUAUUAUGUCCCUUCAUAAGUACAUAGCGACGCAAAAAAAAAAAAAAAAAGAAAAACAAAAGGAAAACACCGUUUAGGCUAUUAAGGUAAUCGAUAACAUUAUAAUAAAAUGGAUUAUUAUUAGG